GCAUCGUAUGCCAGGAAUCAGUUGAAGGUCAUGGGGUGGGUAUCACAACGCCAGAUAAUUUUACCAUCAUAUUCUACGAUUCCUUCUGCAGAACUGCUGCUAAUGCUAUAGAAAGACAAGUCUACGUUGACUUCGUAAACCAUUUUUCGUUAGACGCAGAAGCUAGAAGCUGCUAUAAGGUAUAUAACUCAACAGAAGUGGUAACUCCCUAUAACUGUUUAAGUAAAACUAUUCGUAACAGUUGUGUGUUUGGUAUGACGGGAGGAUGUACUGCACUAAUGACUCAAAACAAUGAGGUGUUAGUAUUAGACUGUCCUGAUCAAAGUCAGAAGCCUAUCCAGAAGAACUGUUUUUAUCUACACACUCCAGAUAAUCAAAUACACACCGUUUGUCAAAAGAAAGUGGAGGAAAGGUGCAUAGGAGUAGUUACACCAAGUAAUUUGACUGUUUUGUUCGAAUGUUUCUUCUGUUCAGAAUCUAUGGAAUAUGUUUACUACAAUUAUGAAAGGCAAAAGAAGUUCCGAUGGUUUGUUAAAAGUUACCUUGAGAAUGAAUAUAUAGGAAAAAAUUCUGCUUUACUCAAUCUUAAAUAUGAAGUAUUCAAUAAUAAUUUAGAUUCAUCCAGUAGUUUGGACACUUACUCUUACUGGGUACCAAAAACUAGUUGUCUUGGUAUUACCUUAGAAAGCAACGAGACCAUUCUGUUGGAGUGUAUGGUUCUGAAGGAAAAACAAGAACAGCCUGGAUGCUUCCAAUUGAUCACAGCAGAAAAUGAAAAGCAAUCUGUGUGCACAGAAAUAUUGAAUGAGGCUUGUGUUGGACUAACGACUCCUAAAAAUUUGUCUGUAGCUCUAGCCUGCUAUAACACAGUUGAAAAUUAUAGAACCGAUGUCAACAGACCGGAAUGGCUAUUUAUUCUUCAUACACUCAAAGAUUUCGUAAAUAAUAGAUACGCAUUUCAUAUUGGUGAUUAUUUUGAUGCAUUUAGAGAAACCGAAAAUAACAAACGGGAAACUAAAAAAUAUCAAGUACGAAAACUAAAGGAUCAGCCAAACUGUACAGGGAUACUAACAGAAACUGAAAAAAUAGUACUGAGUUGUACUGAAGGGAAAAUCGAACAAAAUGGUUGUUUUAAUGUGACUAAUCUAGGACAGGAAUCAAAUAAUGAAGUGUUAGAUAAAGAGGAAAAGGUCGAAAGCGUGUGUGUAAAAGUUUUGAAUUCACAAUGCGUUGGGGUUAUAACGCCAGAUAACUGGAUUUUGCCAUAUUCCUGUGCUCCUCCUGUCGCCUAUGUUAGUCGUGGAGGGGCAGCAGUGGUAACCUCUGGAUACAUUUCUAAUAGCAUACCUCCAAAACUACCUAUUAGGCUGAGAAGAAGUUAACAAUGAAAAAAUAUAUAUUUACUUAUUUUGUCAUAAUAAUUUGAUAAUAAAACUGAUAGUAUUAUAUUUCA